AGCAGAUUGACCGGUUCAGUGAUUGUACAAGAGGAUGGCGAGAUUGUGGACGUUUUUCUUUCUUGCUCUGACAGUUAACCAUUCUCUUCAGUGGCGCGGGAACGUUUGUUCUUACACAACCGUGGCGCACCAAGAGAAACGUGUUUGCCGGAGUCACUGUUGGUGGGGUUGUUGUGAAUGGGGACACAUUCUUGUACCACGCUACGAUGUGGCAGAGAAAUGCUGCCCCGGCUGGACCCAUAAUGGAGAUGAGAACUGCCGCUUCGCGGAGUGCAAUCCCCCGUGUGCUAAUGGCGGUACAUGCACGUCUCCUGGACGGUGCAGCUGCAGGGCGGGAUAUUCGGGCGACACCUGCAAUGGGGCUAAUUGCAACCACGAACGGCCAUGCUACCCCGGGGGGUGCCAGGGCAACGGUGCUACUGUUGUGUGCAACUGUUUGCCUGACUUCGGGGGGGAAUAUUGUAAAGAACUGGGCGCUAUCCAGGCACCAGUGGUGACCCAGCUACAGGCAGAGUUUAACUUCAGACAAGGGGGACAACAGUAUGGGGUUCUUGCUGAUGCCACAGAGGUCGAUAAACCAGUGGUCGUCUGGACCAACAUGGACGAACUCAACGAGCUCUCUGUAAAUGCCACUGCGAUGUUCAAAGGAAAAGAACUUCCGUAUCCCCCGGCUUACAUCAAAACCGCAGAGACUGGAAUUGGCAGAGCCUAUGUGAAAUGGAGUGGUCCCCGUGUGACGUCUGAAGAUGAAGAUUACAAAUGUGUGGGGACUAUUGACUCUGAGCACCCUCAAAAGAUGGUUAGAUGCGUCUUCAAGAGAGAGUACAGGAACCGUUUGAAAGAUGGCGACAAGUUUAAGUUGACCUUCCGUGUGACGAGCGGCGGGUACAGGGAGCUGUUUGACACAGGAAACAACCGGGUGACUGCCACGGAACACUACACCGGAACUGAAACGACCCGAUCUGUUGCCUUUAACAUUGAUCUGACGAAACCUGCAUUCACAGAAGCCGAUGCGUCAUUCCAAGUCCACCCUGAAUUUACGAAGCAAGGUAUUACAAUGAAAUGGGAAGGAUGGACGGAUGAUGAUUCUCAAAUGGACAAGUACACAUGGGAAGCCUUUAAACUUGAACCUAAUGGCGAUGGAGACUUGAUGGAGGAAGACAAACUGAGACCCAUCAUCCACAGACAAAUCAAACACACCUCCCCCAUUUCCUACCCUCUUCCUUAUGAACCCGAUAAACCAGGUAUGUAUUCCUUCAUUCUUCAAGCUGUGGACAAGGCCAACAACUCUGAAUACAUGAGACGGUUUGCGCUGUACGACAAAGAGUCAACGGUGACCACUGAUCCGAACCAUGCUAUGAACAUAUCAUAUGUUGUACGAGACCAGGGCUUCCAGUGGAUGACCGAUACAUCAAAGCCACUCGUGGUCAACUGGGAAAACCGGUUUUUGAACUAUCACCACGAAAGCGGCAAAUUUCUAAACAAAAUCUUGCCCUUCAAAGUUCAAAUUGUUGAAGACCCACCAAUCUACAAGCAGGUCAGCAGCACCAACGAUGAUCAUUAUGGUGAAAGAACCGUAGACGCUAUCCUCAAUGUGCGGGGGAUUGUGAAGUUCGAGUGGACACAUGAUGUCAAUAAAACUGGAGGUCGACGCCAAGAUACACCUCCAAAUUGGUCUGAUGUAUCCGGUUUAAAAAGUACCAUGCAGUUUCAACCAGAGGGAGUUACAAGUGGGAGCACUGUUACUGUGUGGAUAAGAGCCAGGGACAUCCUCGACAACAAGAAAGUGGACUCGACAAGUGUGACCUAUGAUUUUACGGAGCCACAGAUCACUAGGAUGGCUUUCCACGAAAACGAGAUAUCCAACAUUCCCUUCAGUUCUGGCUUGGAGUUGAACAUGCUGGACAAAGAGAGUGGCAUUGGACGUGUAGAGGUCAAAGUCAUACAGACAGGGAACGGGCACUUGAUGUCCAGCAGGAACCUUACGGUACCGACUCUAACACCGUCUGCCUGCACAGACAGAGUGACUGACUGUUACUGCCCUAACGCCCUGAACGUGUGUUACAAGCGAGUAUACAAACUUUACAUCAGCAACUGUUGGCUGAUGGUGGCCAAAGACGCAUUGAAAUCAGCCGAGGUUAAACUGGAGGUGGGUGUGGUCAACAGAGCUGGACUGAAGACACCCACACCGUUGGUCCACGUGGUAAAAGAUCUCAUGAAGCUGAAGGGAACCGAGGCAUAUUUUGGACUUGAGAACGUAACGACAACCAAGAUAACGACGUCGAGUGCCCGUGUUUCAUGGAAGCAUGCCCCAAGCUGCCAUGAGCGGACGGUAAUCCUUGUGAGCUUCGAGUCCGAAUCAGGACAUAAGGAGACGCUGAAAGUUUUCCAGAGCGCAACACAUUAUGUCCUCCACGGCCUUCAACCUGGUACAUCAUACAAGGUCAAGGUCACUGCAAAAUACGGGGACAUGCUCAGUAUACCCAAGCAGGUAUCCAUCACUACCAUGAACGAUCCUGGUAUCGGAACAGGAGCAAUCGCAGGAAUUAGUACAGGGCUGGGGGUUGUAGUCGUCGUGGCCGUGGUCGUUGUUCUGCGGAGGACUGGAGGACAUCGUUUUCUGAGUAGUCGACGACAACCAGUCGAAACAGCGAGGAUUGCCAAUAAUCUUGAUCCGACCAGACCGAGGAUGGCAUCCUUUAAGAACAAGUCUUACGCCGAGGACGAUGACAUCUACCACUACGCCAGCAUGCCGUUUUCGACAUUGCAGGCAAAGGAGAUCGCUAGUGAUAAGCUGACGCUUAAGAAGGAAAUACAGGGUGGCAGGUUCGCUCGUAUUUACAAGGCUUCUCUGAUAAGUGGUAAAACACAGCAAGAGGUGGUCGCUAAAGUUCUUAAAGACACCCAUGAUGAAGACAGUGCCUUACUGAUGAUGGCCAAGAUCAACUUUGCUGCCACAAAGGUCGGGGAACAUCGCAACGUGCUGAAUUUCAUUGGCGCAGUUGUCAGCAACGAUGCUUUGGGACCGGUCAUGGUGCUGGAGUAUUGUCAAAACGGACAGUUGGACAAAUGGUUAAACGCCAUACGGACGGCUGUGAGCACGGAUGUCUUGGAUACAAUCCAAAGAAUUACUUUGGGAAUAUCUAGAGGAAUGGAAUACCUUUCAAAGAGACAGAUUGUUCAUCGGAAGCUCGCUGCCAGGAACUGUCUGUUAACUCCCGAAAACGAUGUCAAGAUUUCCGGAUUCGGACCAUCCAGCCCUGAAGAAGCAGCCGAGGACAAUUCCAAAGGGAAAGAGAGCAGAUCACAGGAUCGAAUCCCAAUAAAGUGGACGGCUCCAGAGUGUCUUCAGUCUCUGAAGGGAGCCAAUGAGAAGAGUGACAUCUGGUCCUUUGGGAUCACAAUGUGGGAGAUCUUCAGUCUGGGUCAAACUCCCUACCCUGACAUGCGGAGCAGAGAUCUACCAAUCAAACUCAAGAAUGGGUACAGACUCCCCAAUCCAGAGUAUGCUGAGGAAAUACAUCAGGACAUCAUGCAAGGCUGCUGGAAGCAGAACCCUAAAGAGAGGCCUACUUUCGCGAUUGUAGUGGAAAAACUGGAGACGUCGUUCGGUUAUAGACCUGGGGAGUCUGGGGAGGUUUACUACACAGCUACCUAAUGCAUGCAGAUGUUAUACAUCUGACACCUUCUGAAAAGAAUAGGUCGCAAAUUUACUUAGCUUAUUUUAUAUGUCUUUUUAUAUUUCUUUAACUAUUAGACGCAUUUUUUAUACAGCGUGUGCAUUUUUCAGAGACGUGUACUUAGGGGUGAGGGGGCAGCCAAGCGCUUAAAGAGUUCGUUACAACUUAAAACUUUCCCAGUACAACAUGGGUACAACGCUUGAAGCCCUUUUUGCAUUCAUUGUAAUAAUGCUGGAAUGUUGCUUUGUCAAUACUCACUUGUUGUCGCGGACGGCCACAAAUUAUGUGAAGGGGACCUUCAGGAAAGACGAACACUCACCUCUGGACCAGUUGAUUGUAUGUUCGCCCUUUCCUCACACGGCUAUUAUCAGACAUUGUUCCAUGACACCGGUGACCAAUAAACGCCGAUUAAUAAUUACUUCCUUUGAAGAUGUCGCUUCCUGGACGGCCAUUUAAAUCUGUAUCGAGUCAAGACAAAAAAUUGUGUUUUGAAUUUAGAUGUCAUGCCUUAAUACGUAGGCCAUUAAUUGAGUUCUCUUUCUGUUUGUAAGUGGAAACGGUGUGUAGCUCACCUAUAGGCUAGACCUUAUAUCGAGAAAAGAACACAAAUGAUUUGGACCAAAAUAAAUUUACAGACGAUGAUAUGUAACAAAACGUCAAGUUUGAUUUGCACAGGUGACAAAUCAUGGGGGGAUAAUUUCGCCAGCGGCGGAGAGUAACUGGAUGGGUAACCGCGCUCGGAACGUUUGACUUUUGAUUCUCUUUCUUCGGUCCUGCUCCACGGCUUAUUACACCUGGUAUAUCCUUAGUUCAGUUCAAACGUUCUAUGUGGGAUGAAAAUCUAAAUUGCUCAUUGAGUUUUAUGAUGGGGUGGGAUGGUUAAAUGGACUGCUGGGUUUCCAUCCGAGACAAUAAACCUUUUACUGUUUUUACAAGUCAAUAAAUAAUAGCUCUAGUCGUCAUAUUUUCACUCUGACAGUGGCCGACAUCGUCACUAGAAAAGAAAUGAGUUUAGUGAAAAAGCAGUUAGCUUGAUUUACUUGAAGGCUCUACAUCACCUUCAGCUUUAAGAUUCACUGAGAGUCAGGGUUCGCUUGACAAAAAAUCUUUUGGUGGAUGUGAACAGUUUAAAAAACAACUACCUAUCUUCCGGUAUGUUUCUACCUGAAAUAUCUUCAUUCUUCAUUAAACUUUUGAACUGUUCCUUCAGCAGCAGUAAAAAGGUUCCCGGUAGAUUCAGAUGGACAUGUGAAUGCAAAACCGACAGCUUUGUUUGCAUACUCCCCUAGCUGAAAAUGAAAACUAAAUGUAAACCGAACCGUUGACCUGUCACCCUAAAAACAGACUUUGUGGAACAAAGGAUAAACAAAUGUACAUGUUAUCAUACUCAAUCAAUUCGGUAGAUUACGGUUAACACAUUUAACAAUCGGGACCGGCCUGUUAAUAUUCUUGAAACAGGAGCUGGACUUUUUAAGGCAGGACAGACAUUAUUUUUUAACCCAAAACCUAUUAAUUUCAUAACCUCGAGCAUGUCCAGUCAGCAAAUAUUUAUUUUUAUGACAAAUACGUUUUCAGUAUUUUGGGUAACAGGCACACCCAUGCAACUCCUAUCUCCGGAAUAUAAAAAGGCCGGUCCUAAACAAAUAUAUAAUUUAUAUGUCUAAGCUGUUUUCGUGCUUUGUUCGUACAAUGUUUUUUGACAUUAUCUUAUUGUCCUGUUUUACAUAUCUAUUCUAUUUUGUUCUUAUAUUUUAUGGUCAUAUUAUUCCCAUACUCCAAUAUUGUAUACACAAAUGAAAACCUUAAAAGUAUUUCCACAGGCACAAUAUUCAAAACUCAUUAAUGUUGAUGUGCGCUGUUUUGUAAUUGUAACCCGGACGCCAACGCUUUUUAAAAAAAUAUUUAACUGAAUUUUAAUUCUGCCAAACACAAGUCACGAUGAAACAUUGUUAAUAUCCGUUGUCAGUUGUUUGUUGUGUACAAUAUAUAUCUUAAUUAUUAUAUAUCUUAGCUGUCAAUAAAUUUAUAUAAAUGCA